AUGGCGGAGGAGGACCUUUGCAGGAGCUUCGUGAUCAGUGCUUGCGCGCUGGAAAGAGAGGCCAGGGAAGCAGAUCAAAAGAACGAUGCCAGGGCUGCAAUCGCAAAGUAUGAGGGAAGCCAGGCGCUGCUGCAGCAGGCGAUCGACUCGCUGCCGCACGCAGAUCGGCCACGCUGGGUGCAGCGCCGGCAGGAGAUCUUGACCCGGAUUCAGCAUCUCAAGUCUGGUGCGCCGACAGCGCUGGUGGAGAGGGUGCCCAGUCCGACACUCCUGGAGUCCGAGUUCCGGAAGGCCACAGCGGCAGGCCCGAGUCCAGGCACGCCUCAGGAGCUUCAGGCACGGAGGCGCUGA